AUGCAUAAGACUCUUGCCAUUCUAUCUCUCCUGAUCUUCGUUGCUACUAUCGAUGGAAAACCGCUGCGUUCAUCAUCAUCAAUAAAGACAGAUGCUAAAGAAAUAGCUGAAUUGAUAGAAAAGAUGUGGGCUGAAAGUUCAAAUGAUGAAAAGAAUCUACUAAAACAAACGUGUCAAGUUGUUAAACAAUGUUGUCCAUCUACAGCUUAUUCAAAACUGGUCUACAAUCCAAAGAGCGUUACCUUUAAUGAUCCAGCCAAUGAAAUUGGCACUAUAUGUUUGAAUACAUCAAACCGUGCUAAUAUCGCUAAAAAAUGCCCAUCAGCAUUAAAACUAAAACCUUCGCCUUCAUCAUCAACACAAUUUCACAAACUUGACCUCUAUUCUGACCCAGAACUUCUAGCAAUCGCUGCUAGAAUCUUGAAAAACAAAUCGGCAAUGGACGAUUUUCUAAAACAUCUACCUAAUGCCUGCAAUACAACAGCAACAAUACAAUAUGAUUUUGUUCGUCCUAUUCAUUAUGAAAAAAUAGAAUUUGCUAAAGGUUCAACAUCAGUUAAUGUGAAAAAUUUAAAACGUCAAAUGAUUGAAGAAUUUACACGACAAAAACUUGAACAACAACGUACAUUAUCACUUGAUAUAAGUACAACAAGUCAACAAUCAUCAUUAUUACAUAAUAAUAAUCAACAACUAAUUAUUGAAUUUUCUCUAUUAUGUGAAAAUCUAUCUGAUCAUGGACAUUUAUCAUUACAAACAAAUUUACCAUCAGCAUUUUAUUGUAUAUUAAUUAAUUGUAAUGAAAAUAAGUUAUAUAUGAAAAGUAAUUCAAAACGUGAUGAUUUAUAUAUACAAGAAUAUCCAUUUACAGAUCGAUGUGAUCUUUCACAAUUAUCUUAUUCCUAUACAAGUAAUUCAAAUCUAUCUAUAACAUCAUUUAUUGUUGAUUAA